AUGGCGGAAACUGGUAAGGAUAAUCAUAAUUCCCCUUCUGAAGCUUCUAGUAUCUCCGCCGCGUCCGACGGCAGAAGUGGCAGCCCGGUGACAAUGAAGAUGGAGAUGAUCGUUGGCAAUGAAAUCAAUGGUGGUGAUCGGCAGUCGCAGGAGUCGAACUCACGGCUGCUGUUGGAUCUUAAGCUUUCUAACAAUGAAGAGUCCGGCGAUGGCUCGCCGGAGAUUUUGAAUUCCAAGAGGAUAAGGGAAUUUUCCACAUCCCAAGCCCUAGGUGGCCACCAAAACGCACACAAGCAAGAACGAGCCAUGGCCAAGCGCCGCCAGGGAAUGGAACUCGGUAGCGGCGACAAUGUAGUCGGGCCACCGUACUUAACAUCGUACUAUAAUCCAUAUUCUGCUCUCUCGCCUCAUCCACUCUACGGAUCGUCACUCGGAAAAUCACUCGGAAUACGAAUGGAUUCAAUGAUUCACAAACCAUCGUCGUACCGAUGGCUCGGGUCACCAGCAUUGCAGUUUCAUGGCGGAGUAGAUAGUGGUUGGGCUUCUCGACCAGUGAUGGUGACUAACAAUAACAAUAAUUCAAAAUUAUCGACAUUUGAAAGGCUGAAAAUGGAGGGAAUUCAAAUUCAUAACGGUGGAUUUCGAUUAUCAACUGCAAUGAAUGCAGAAUCGAUAAGACGAUUUGACGAAGAUAGACCAAUUUCGAUACCGAAUUUGAAUCUUUCAGAGUCGCCCGUGUUAAAAAUGGAUCACCACGUAGAAGACAGUGAUGAAGUUGAUUUAACUCUCAAGCUUUAA